CCAUCAUGCCUCGUGGUACUCAUUUAACAGACUUUGAGAAAGGGCAAACUGUAGCAUUAAGAAGCACUAAUUUAAGACAUCAGGCAGUAGCAAACAGCAUCAAGCGUUCGAAAAAUGUAGUUCAGUCAAUUUCUGCAAACUGUGGACUAAAGCGUAGAAGUGAACGUCCUUACCCCGCGAGACCGCAGACGAAUUGUUAAUGCAACCUCUAAUUCUACCCAGUCUAUGCAUCAAAUUCGGGACGAUUUGCGUGUUCAAGUACAUCACGAAACCGUACACAACAACAACAACAACAACAACAGCAACAUUGUUCGGUCUCGAAUGAGAAGUGCCCCAGCUUUUAGGCCUGAGCACAAAGCUACCCGACUCGAUUUUGCUGGAGAAAUAUGGUCACUCAAUGGAAUAAGUUUCUGAUUCUUCAAGUGAUGUCGAAGACACAAGUCAUACUAACUCUGCCCAUUUCGAUCAGGAUAAUGCAGGAAAUUUCACCAAACAUACUGAUAUUACUGAAAUUAUCGAACCAGAAAUACUCUCGAAUAGAAAUCGAGAAAGAAAAAUCGACGAAAUUUCUGAUAUUUCCGAUGACGAAGGAUUUUCUUCUAACAAUUUCGACGAGCGUAAGAAUGAAGAUUUUGAUUAUUCUGCGGAACAAUUCACGGAAACAGUGGACGACAUUUACAUUCACAGACCGUUAAAAUGGGCUUUUAUAAAUUUUGAAAGAUUUUCUCUUGUAAAUGAAAUCAUUUAUGAAGAAGACGAGUUCGAAUCCGAAAAUGCAUCAUCAGAAGACGAUGAUUCCAUUCACACAGAAAGCGAAUUAAGAAACAGUGAACAUUCCGAUGAUGUCAUCGACUCAGUUAACGAAAUUCAACAAAUAAAUGUUAAAAGUGAAGUGUCGUCAAUAUCUUCCACGAAAGAUGAUAUUCAGGAAGAAAACUUUGUUUAUAAUAUGAAUACGACAUCACUACAAGUCAUUCAAUCCACUAAAAGUGAAGAAUCUGAGAAAGG